CUCUAGUGACGCAUGCGUUUCAAGCGGUUUUUUUCUGGCAGAAUAUCUGGCUUUUUUGCAUGUUGCAUUUGCAACUGAAGUUUUUGCAUAAAUUGAAGUGUGAAAAACCACGUACACCUAACGAAUCGAGAGCAAAAUCAACUAAAAGUCGGUGAAGAAAGUGUACGUUGAUCGUAGUUACUUUUUCCACAAAUUUUUCUGCAAAAAAGCCUGUGCGUGUGAGUGUGACUGUGUCUCUCUCUCUCGCUCUUCCUUAUUUUUUUUGUCCAUGCGUGUGUGUGUGGUCGCAUAAAUUUACCGAUAUUUCGCCUGUGAGAGCGAAACGGGUGAAAAAAAAGAAAAAGAAAACGAGGCGAACAAAACGAAGAAGAAGCGAAAAACAGCAGCACUUUCGUUGAAAUAUUGGGCAAAAAACGCAAACCAAACGGGAACAACAAAAUAACUGGGCGAAAACAGGACGCACAAAAAAAAAAUCUAAAAUCAAAAGAAGAGCGGCGCAAAGCAGAGAGCGAAAUCCCCAACAGCAGCUAUAGCAACAAAAACAACAACAACAGCAGCCGCCACAAUGAGCAAACCACUCUUUGAUCUUCCGUUGACCAUUGACCCAGAGCAUGAGUUGCGUUUCGUGGGUCCUUUCAACCGACCCGUCGUCACAAUCAUGACUCUGCGCAACAAUUCUUCUCUGCCCCUGGUCUUCAAGAUCAAGACAACCGCCCCGAAGCGCUACUGCGUACGUCCAAACAUCGGCAAGAUCUUGCCCUUUCGAACGACUCAGGUGGAGAUCUGCCUGCAGCCAUUCAUCUAUGAUCAGCAGGAGAAGAACAAGCACAAGUUCAUGGUGCAGAGCGUCCUGGCACCCGUGGAUGCUGAUCUGAACGAUUUGAAUAAGUUGUGGAAGGAACUGGAGCCGGAGCAGCUGAUGGACGCCAAACUGAAGUGCGUGUUUGAGAUGCCCAGCUCCGAGGCGAAUGCGGAGAAUACCAGCGGUGGCGGGGCCAUCGGCGCCGGAAGCGGAAGUGCCGGCGGCGGAAGCGCGGGCGCCAACACUAGUUCAGCCAGUGCUGAGGCGCUCGAGAGCAAGCCGAAGCUCUCCAGCGAGGAUAAGCCCUCGAGUUUGCCCGAUGCGUCAGAUAAUGUGGAGUCGCUGGUCGGAGAGAUCGAGGCGCUGCGUGAGACAAUCAGCGAACUGCGAAAAGAAAAUCUACACUUGAAGGAUCAAAUCACACGUUACCGCAGCUCGCCGGCCAUCAAGCAGAUGAAUGAGCCCUAUGCCCCAGUUCUGGCUGAGAAGCAGAUUCCGGUCUUUUACAUUGCAAUUGCCAUUGCUGCGGCCAUCUUAAGCCUCCUGCUGGGCAAAUUCUUUCUCUGAAUGCCAUAAACGAAAGCCAGCAAACAUGCUAUAUGCAACGUGCAGCAGCAGCAGCAACAACAACAGCGGCAACAACACCAUCAAACAGCAACAGCAAAAGCAGCAACUAACAACAGCAACCACAACGAAAGAACAACUACAACAACAACAAGAACAACAGAAGCAGCAGCAGAAGCAUUAAAAUCCAUCAUCGGCAAAUGAAGCAACCCAUAGGAAAGAAAGUAUAAAGCUGACAAAAUCCAUAAAAAAAAUAGAAAAGAAAAAAAACCGCAGAGAAAGGGAAAAAGAGUAUAGGAAAGACAUAAAAAUCGUAUGUUCGCAAAAAGGGAAAAUCUCUCAAGAUAAAUAUUUAAAGUUCACUUCUACUUAGAUCCCAUACGUAUAUUGCUCAGAUUUUCGAUUGCAUUUCGUUUCGCUAUUAUUAAUUUUUAAGAAUUUUAGUUUUAAAAGUUUCGGAACCCUUUAUUUUAUUCGUUUUUUAUGCAUUUUAAGUGGCAACAGUGAAGAUUAAACCAAAAUUAUCAUUAAAUAGAACUUAUUAUACCUUUUCGACGAGAAUACAAAAUAUAUAGAAAAACACAAACUUGUUACUUAAGUGUGAGAAUAAAAUUCAGUUGUAAUAUUUUUUUGUUUGAGUUAUUUUUUUUUUUUUUUGCUUUCAACCAUGAAGACCUAGAUGUAAAAUUUAAAUUUAAAAAAGAAAAACAUGAGCAAAAUGCAAAACCAACAAAAAUGAAAAAAGAUGAACAACUUGUAUGGAAAACCAAUUAAUGAAAAAGCUUCAAAAAAAAACAAAAUAAAAUGCUCUGCAGGCCGACGCUCUCUAAAAGAAAAGUUGCUUCACCCCUCGUCCUAUCUCUCUUUCUCACUGUCUGUCUGUCUCUCUCUAACUCCUGAAACGAGAUCGAACGCGCGGGAACUAUAUAUGUAUAUUUAUAUAGAAUCAUUAUUGUUUUUGGUUGGCAUUUGCAUUUACUAAGUUUCGUUUUAGUCAUUUCAGUGGUAGCAUUACUACAACCACACACACACACACACACCCACACACACCACUCAAUGAACGCUAUAUAUAAAUAUUAUACGAAUAUAAUGAAUUUCUAUAAGCAAACCUUUAUGUAAUUUGUGUUGUUUGCCAAGGCCGAAUUGAGAAAAUUUUCCAAACCUAAUUAGCAGUGAAGUUGAGAAAAAACCAUAAAUUAUAUCUGAUACGAUAUAUAUAUGAUCUAAUAAGUGCAGAAAAAUCAAUCAAUUUAAAAAAAUCACACACACACACUUGACACAAACAAAACACAGACGUAUUGUUGAGGUUUUACACUACCCAUGGAUCCGUAGAUAUAGAUCCACCAUAGCCACUUGGUUCCUUUCGUAACGCCCCCAAUUUACUCGCGCUAGACUUGUAAAAACCGGGUAACUAACUGGCGAUGCAACUUGUUUUGCACCAUUUUCAUUUCCCCCCCCCCCCCCCCCCCCCACAUAUUAAACUGAAAUUGUUUGUGGUUACUUUUUUUUAAUAUAGUUUGCAAAGCAUUGAAAAAGGGUAUAUAGAUUUAUACAAGAAUAUAUAUUCGCCGACAUGCAUGAUCGCUGUAUCUGUAUUUUCAUAGGCAUGUGGAAACUCGUAUUUAAAUGUUUAACUAGAAAUACAGAAAACAAAAAAAAACCUAAAAGUAAAUAAAAAGAGAUGUGAAAAUAAAAACAAAUGAUAAAGACAAGCAAAUCAUAAGCAAAAUGUACUUGAUGUCAGCUGUAGCAAAAAGAAAAAAAAACACAAUAUAUACGAACAUAAUAAUAACAAUAAUAAUAAAAUGUGGAAACGGAACUUAACAUUCAACAAUUGUUUCGAUACGUUUAACAUUCAAUUGCAUUAUUUAAUUGAAAUCAACCAAUUAUACACUCUAAACACACACACAACGCCCAUAAGUCUCCUCGCAAAUUAGCCGCAAAAUCAAAGAAAUGCAUAGACGUCGCCGGUAAAGACGAUGGGGAGAUGGCAGGGAUGAUGAUCACAACACAAACACGUGAAAAACAAUUAUUAUAAUAAUUACAGCAUGAAUCUUAAAAA